AUGUUGGACUCAAAUACCGUUUGGUUUAUCACUGGUUGUUCCUCUGGAAUAGGAAAGUCCCUAGCGAGCGCUAUCCAUGCAGCCGGCCACAACAUUGUGGCCACUGCACGCAAUGUCGAUACACUCUCUUACCUCCCUGACGAAGCAAAUGUUCUGAAAGUUAGCCUUGAUGUUAUAUCUAGAGAGGCUAUCCUUAAAUCUCUAUCUGCUACCGUAGAGAAGUUUGGUCGGCUUGAUGUGGUGAUAAACAACGCAGGAUAUGCUCUCAUGGGAGACACAGAGGCCAUGCCUGAAUCGGACGCUCGGCUUCAAAUGGAAACACUUUUCUGGGGUCCAGUCCUGAUCACCCAAGAAGCUAUUCGCAUCUUUAGGGAAGUCAAUCCAGCUGGAAGGGGUGGAACAAUCGUUCAGGUGUCUUCCAUUGGCGGUUACCUGACAUUCCCAGGCAGCUCAUUCUAUCAUGCCGGCAAAUUUGCGCUCAGUGGCUUCACUCAAUCUUUCGCGAAAGAGGUGGACCCGAGCUGGGGAAUCAAAUUUCUGGUGGUUGCCCCGGGUGGCAUUCAGACCAAUUUUGGCUCAAAUGUGCACCUCGAGCAUCGUCAUCCCGCGUAUGAUACCUUGACAAGCCCGUUCAACCAAUUGGUUCAGUAUAUGAUGAACCCAGCUGUCCAAGAGACAUUUUCUCAGCCGGAUCAAUGUGCUAAAGUUCUCUUUGAUGCUGUUGUGAGCCAAGACCAGCGACCCUUGCCCACGAGGCUCUUGAUGGGCGCUGAGACCAUUGCACUCUUCGAAGCUGAAAAUGAGAGGGUCUUAGAGGAGAUGAAAGCUUGGAAGGAAGAGACAAUUAAAUGCUCUGCGGGAGGCGGAGUGAAGGAUAUACCUAAUUCCUGA